AUGCUUGUGCGUUGUUUUCUCCUUCUCGCCAUGCGCUACAUACUGUCGUCCUUUGUGUACAAGACUCCCAAGGCGGGAGGUCCGGUCUUGAACUGCCUCUCUCGUCUUAUCAUACGGUCUGAUGUCCUGUGUGGUGCACUGGGAGCGGCAACGGUCAUGUUCGAGGUCUUGUACGUUCCCAGUGUGGCAGCCUUCGCGCCCAGGGGGCUUCAGAUCAUAACGGCAUAUCUCAUGGUAUUGCUGCACAUCGGAAUCGCCUUAGUCCACAGCAGUGCGAUCGGAGUCUUCUUUCUUCCCAACGUGGCAAGCUACGUCGUAGGAUUCUACGACUUUAGCGAUGACCCGUUGUUCGUAAGAUCUGCACCUGCAGCUGGCGAUUGGACACCUUUCGAAGGAUACUGCUGGUUCGUCGGUGUUCUCCUCAACGUCGCAGCCGUGCUGUACACGGCUUGGUCGCGGAAGCUGAUAGUUGAGGAUUGGCCUCUCACAACCAUGGCAUUGUUCCCUUGGAGUGGACAGCAGUGGCAGAAUCUACACAACGCAUUUGUUGAGGGUGACACGCGCGUGGUUGCUGUACCACCACAUAUUGGAGAGUGUAUCAAGGAUCGUGUAAGACAGCGUACUUCUGAAGGCGCUAGCGAGCUUGCAUGCAUCAGCGAGAUAUUUGUUGGCUCUCCUGUGGUGCCCAUCGUAGGUGCAGCAAAACUGCGAGGCGAUGAAGACGGCAUCGUUACCAUCGGCACCGGAAAGGCAAGUGGCAAUGCCAGCAUAUCGUCUUUAUGGGAGCGUAUUCGCCACACGCGGUGGCGGAUGUUUGGGACUUCGCCGUUUGCGAAGGACUUGCGUGCUUACGCUAUGUCCAAAGUUUUGAAUAAGGACACUAAUAAAAGCAGCACCUCAGAUGCAUUGCUUGCAGGAGAACAAUCUCCAUUGGACUGUGUCUACUUGUACGACAUAUGGACGCGAGUAUUAGGUCCCACGUGCUACCAAGAAGAAUUUAUCCCUGCGCUUGAGACAGAGUUGUUCAAAGCUUCCGAUGCGGGAAAUACUGGACUCCCUAUUCUGAUUGCAGUUUUGCAGAAUUGGCUUCUGAACUCCAAGCGGCUUGUGGAGGUCUCAAGUGAGAGGACUGUCCUUGAUUGCGCCUUCGUCAAAGUUGACAGUGAGGACAAAGUCGAAAGGGUCGUGACGUGGGGAAGGAUGUGUGACGUGCCGCAAACAUCGUAG